GCGCUGGGCAGCGCCGCCGCAACCUCCGCGCCAGGAUGCGGCCCCCGGCUGAGCCCCACGCCGUGCCCUGCCGCUGCCCUCUGCUCCUUCUCCUUCUCACGAAUUUUGUGCCAUCCUUUGGGAAGGAGACGAUCCGGACCACGGCUGUUACUCCCCAGCUUGAGCAAAAUGUGGAUUAUGUGGACUUCAUUCAUUUAAACGUUUUAGAAAGGAAAGUUCUUAACAACUCUGAGGUUUCAGUUCAGUAUUUAUGCUCUAAGCCUUGUAUCAUCACCUUGGAAGCAGUGGCUUCCUCUGAGUUCAGGACUGGCGUACCAGUGUACAGGAGGAGAUGGGAGGACGAGAGGAACCUUUACGUUAGCAGAACUCGACAGGUACACUUGAAAUUUCCAAGCAUCAUGGUUUACAGAGAUGAUUACAUCAUCAGAAACUCCAUAAUAGUGCACAGUGUGAUAUUGUAUGCGUGGAUUAGUCACAAAUCAGUCGGCAGCUUUGAUGUUGAGCAGAACGAAGAUUACCAGGAUGCGGUGGCCAAGAACUACACUUUCUUAGAAGCGGUUCCACCUUUUGAACGCCCAUACAAGGACCACAAAGUCUGUCUUCAGUGGGGUGCUGACUAUUUGUGGAUGCUCCAGGCCAACAGGAUACCUCAGUGCCCUCAUGAGAGUGAUGAUGUCCAGAUUCUCAACUUCAUAUAUGCUUCCAGUGGGGACAAAACUGGAAUAGUGAAGAAAUUUGAACAGUUUGCAAACAGAGAACUUGAGGCAGUCAGACAACAUCAGAUUGAUUAUCCCAUGUUCACUGUUUCGAUCUGGCUGUAUUUACUCCAUCACUGUGAGAAGGAUCUGUGUGGUAUACUCUAUUUUAUUGAUCUGAAGGAAAUGUAUGGUACUCCUGCUGUGUUUCUAAAUGAGGAAGGUUGUGUGCAUAUUCAGAUGCACCUCAUGAGAGGAGAUGACCUUGCGGUGAAAACCAGCUUCAGCCUUCCUCUGAGGCAGUGGUUUCGACUGGAUCUCUCUUUCAAGGGUGGACAGAUAGAAGCAAGCACUGUUGGGAAGAAUUUGAAAGUCCUUCAUCAUCAGUCUUUUAUUUUCAGGGAAGAUUUCUACUAUGAUGACACUGCUGGGUACUUUGUGCUUGGAGGCAGUGGGUAUGUGAAUGGCAUCGAAGCAUUCUUUGGGCCUGUGAGGUACUCUCGUCUCAAUGUGUUGGAAACAGAACAGAUCUUUAACCCUCUUCAAGACAAAGAAACUGUGGAACAAAUUGAGCUCUACUACAAGAGAUGUAUGGACAUUCAAGAACUGGUUUAUGAGUACAGACACAUCGUAAGGCAAGGGGCAAAAGUGCAAAGAAAUUGUUACUAUGAAAACUAUUAUUUGGAGCUGAUCCACAAGUAUGGGGAAAAGUCCAAAUGUGAUGCCUUCCUGUGGGGAAAAGAGGUCAGGGAAAACUACCACAGUUUGUUCAAACUGUUACAAGAGAUGGAUUUCAGUGCUCCAGAGGUGUUGGAAGGUGGAGCUGAUACAGUUCUAGAAGUUGGCCAGAGGAUAUUUGAGAAGGCUGCAAAGGGUCUGUCCAGUGCUGAUGGCCUCAGCAGUGUGGUCUCCUACAUCCCUCUCUUGGUGGAUUCCAGUUGUUGUGGAUACCACAAAGCUUCCUAUUUCCUUGCAGUGAUUUUUGAAACAGGGCUUGGUGUGGCUGUGGAUCGUACAAAAGGGCUGCUGUACAGUUUAGUUGGUGCUCAGGGAAAUGAGAGACUUGCUGUGAUGAAUCUUGGCUAUAAGCAUUACCAAGGCAUUAACAACUAUCCUCUUGAUUUGGAGCUGUCCUAUGCUUACUACAGUAAUAUUGCACUGAAGACCUCAUUGGAUCAACACAACAUAAAAGGGGAGCAGGCUUUUGUUGAAACCAUAAGGCUGAUGGACGAUGAACUGCUAAAAGCUCAAACGAAAGAGAACGGCGACGUCUUCAUGUGGUUGAAACAGGAAGCAACGAGAGGAAAUGCAGCUGCACAGCAACGAUUGGCUCAGAUGCUCUUUUGGGGCCAGCAAGGAGUGGCCAAAAACCCUGAGGCUGCAAUAGAAUGGUAUGCAAAGGGAGCAAUAGAAACAGAAGAUCCAGUGUUAAUAUAUGAUUAUGCCAUUGUCUUAUUUAAGGGCCAAGGUGUGAAAAAGAAUACAAAACUUGCUUUGGAAUUGAUGAAGAAAGCAGCAGCCAAGGGCUUGCCCCAGGCAGUGAAUGGAUUGGGGUGGUACUACCACAAUUUUAAAAGAGACUACAGAAAAGCAGCUGAGCACUGGAUAAUUGCUGAAGAAUUGGGAAAUCCAGAUGCUUCCUACAACCUUGGUGUCCUUUAUUUGGAUGGGAUCUACCCUGGAGUACCUGGUAGAAAUCAAACAGUUGCUGCUCGCUAUUUCUACAAAGCUGCCCAAGGAGGCCAUAUCGAAGGGACUCUACGGUGCUCCCAGUACUACAUCACAGGGAACAUGGAGGACUUCCCCAGGGAUCCAGAGAAAGCUGUAAUCUGGGCAAAACACAUUGCAGAGAAAAACGGCUACUUGGGUCAUGUCAUCAGGAAAGCUCUCAAUGCUUAUCUGGAACUUUCCUGGCACGAAGCUCUGCUGCAUUACAUUCUGGCAGCCGAGACCGGGAUCGAAGUGUCGCAGUCAAAUUUAGCACACAUCUGUGAAGAAAGACCAGACCUAGCAAGGAAAUACCUAGCAACUGAUUGUGUCUGGAGAUACUACAAUUUCUCUGUCUCCCAAGUCAAUGCUCCAUCAUUUGCUUAUUUGAAGAUGGGUGACUUCUAUUACUAUGGUUACCAGAACCAGUCCAAAGACCUGGAGCUCUCCAUGCGGAUGUACGCGCAAGCCGCGCUGGAGGGGGACUCGCAGGGUUUCUUUAAUUUGGCACUUGUCAUAGAAGAGGGCAACUCUAUACCUUCCUACAUUCUGGAUCACUUGGAUAUUGAUCAGGCAUUGCACUCUAGUAACACAUCCCUUCUUCAGGAGCUUUAUUACAGGUGCUGGAAUAACAGUAACCAGGAAUCAAUCAGUCCAUGCUCCUUAGCAUUGCUUUAUUUUUAUGUGAGAGUUUUCUGGAGCACUGUUUUACAGUCUACUCUGAUCUACUUCAUGGGAACCUUCCUUCUAUCCAUUCUGGUUGCAUUUACAGUGCAGUAUUUCCAGUCUUUGCCUGCCCAGAAUUCUCCUGGAACAAGAUCAGAACCAUUGUCAGAUGAACCUUCUUCCUCAGGGAGUGGCAGUGAUGAUGCUACCAGACUAGCACAGCAAGAUGAAUCUGCUUUCUCAAAUGAUUUAGCACAGCAGGAGUCCAACCCUCAGAAUCCUCUUGUUAUGAGCUGAAGUGUAGUUUCCUAAAGGCUGAUGUCCCAUUGGGAAGGUGGGAUAGGAGCAACUAACAAUCUAAGAACUGGUAACCAGCCUUGUGGUGGUACUAAUAGUGAAGUCCAACAGCCAAAAUUGUAGGGAAAUUCACUGUUCUGAUUUCUCCACCCCAAGGGAAAACCACCCUUGUAAUUUAUUUAAUACUGCAAACAGAUUGUGGUGAGAUACUCUGCAUCCCCACCCCCCCAGUCAGAAUGCAUUUCAGCCAAGGACUGGAGGAAAACAUGCAAAGCCUUUGCCAAAUUGAAGAAUGAGCAAACCUCUCCCCAGUUUUUUGGUGGAGAAUUUUUUCCUCACAUACCUAAGACCUUACUAGUCUGUCUUUACUGCAUUUGUGCUUAUAUUGCUGGUGAAGUCCCCAGACUUUUCCCAGUGGGAAGCAUGGAAAUGACACAGAAGUGAAACCCAGCCACCAGCACUUCCCAGGUUCCAUGGCACAGCAGCCAGGACUUUGGUAGCUGCAGUGGUAACAAACAAUUUAUUUUUUACCAUUUUCUCUUCCAUCCUUACUCUUGGAUGCAGGAAGUGCUUUGUUUUGGAAGAAAGGCACCAGGAAGACUUGCAGUAUGAUCACAGCACAGUAGUUCUGCUGGGCAGCCUUGGACAAAGUUCCCCUGCUGGACACAAGAAAAUGUUUCCUGCCCUUCCAAGAGCUGCUGAGUAGGGAAAGUAGCUUCCCUGAGGGAUAAAUACAAUCAUAUUGAAAUGUGAACAGAUGACACAAAGUGAAUGAAUUAUUUGGGUUUGGAUUCUUCUCUCAGUAACAUUGGCAAGGAUUUAUCUCAUGUUCUCUUUCAGACACCUAUUUAAGUGACAGUUGAUGUGGUGAAUGUUAGAGGGGAUGUGUGGAAAACAAGUAUGGAGUGCAAAUGCCUUCUGUCUGACUUAAAGCUGUCUGGGAGGUGGCUGUAGGAGAAGUCUGACCUUUAGAGCAUGCACCUCUGCAAAAUGAUGUAGAUCACAGACUCUAAAUUGCAUCAAUCUAUGCAUUAUUGGGGGUUCAAUCCACUCUCCUUGCACUACAUUAUUUACUCUUGUAAAUAAAAAUAUUUUUCUAAUU